UAAAUUUAACAAUUUUUUUCAAAAUUUUAUCUUCAAAACUGACAAAGUUAUACAAAUAUCUAGAUUUUUGCCUGGAACUCUAGAUCUAACUGAAAAGUUCAAAUUUUUUGCUUGUAUAGUGUUCCUUAUAUAUAUUGUAGUUGACUUUCGCCCAAAGACGGGCCAAAUAUCUUCAAAAACGGCCGAGAUAGAUUUCCAGACUUUGUAUUUUUUUCAGUCUAGAAACUUUGGGACGCCAUAACUCGGUCGUUUUUGGACUCAGACAACCCGAAUUUUUUGUAGUAGCUUUAGGACUAGUUAAGGAUUAUUAUCCUUACGUUUUCAGCAGUUUUCAGGAGCUGAAAUUUUUCAGGCCUGAAAGCCAUAGAAUUGCGCAGAGAAGGUCGGCCUGGUAUUACCUGUGAAGACCGCGUCUCUCUGCGGCUAGCGGUUGAGGAGAUAUAGCUGUCUAAAGACAGCGUUUGACAGCUGGGCCGCCAUAUUGGCUAUUUUCAUUUGCCCAUAUCUCUCGACUCGUUGGUCGUAGCGGGCCGGGGAUUUUUGCGGGGGCCUUGGCAGCGUCCUCUUUAUCCUGCAAUCUAGUUUUCAGGCGGAUCCGGCCUGAAAUUUUUCGGUGUCCUGAAACUUCAAUUUUCAGAUAGACCCAUAAAAACUGACCCAGAAUAGUGAAAACACCACUGUUCUACGAUCACUGGGGACGAAGUUAUUUUAGUGCAAAGUUUGACUUUGACAGUUUGACAACUGUCAAACCCUCUUUUUGAUUGGCUCUAGCUUCCGAACUAGUGAUCCUAGAGACACGGGGUUUUCUUUGGACACACAGGCAGAACAUUUUCUUUUAGAUAAGCUGAAAAAUUUCAGUUUUCAGGAGUCUGAAAUUUUCAGGCAUUUUAACAUCACCACUGUAUAGCCUGGAUCAAGACCUGAAAAACGAGCCCAAGCACGCCCAUGUACGAGCCAUAGGUCCUGAGUAAUUCCUACUUUAAUAAAUCCAGGCAGUUUUUUUUUUGAGAAAGUCUGGAAUUUCAAACAGUUAUAUCUCCGGAACCACUCGGCAUAGGAGGGCGAGAUUGGGUUCGUUGAAAAGGGCUCGAGAAGGACUAUUUACUGAAUGUAUUAAAUCAUUAAAAAACGAAUUGGAAAUCUUUUUUUUGAAAUUUUUUUUAGAUUUUUUAUUUUUUGUAUUGUAAAAAAUUUUUUUUUUUUUCUUCUCUUACCUUGAAUCCUCCUUGUUGUUGCUCCGCUGUAUCACCUGUAACCUGUAAAAUAAAAAUAAAAUUAUUAAUAAGAUUAAAUUCAACAUUAUUGUAUAGUCAAAUUGUAAAUACCGUGUUUUGUUCUGCCAACUGAAACUCCCAACAGUCAGGAUUUUGACGGUAGGCUGAAUAAACCCAGCGCUACGCUAGACUUACUCUAUCUAGUAGAGGAAUUAACCGCGACCCAUAUACAAUAACUGUUUAGUGUUACUGCAUUAGAUAUAAGUACGUUUUAUUUUAUUUUAUUUAUAUUAUUUUUCUACUUACCUCUUCUUUACCGCUUUCCGAUUUACUGUUAACUAUUGACGCUUACCUCCAAGAAUAUGAUGUCGGGCAUUAGAACUCCCCCGCAAAAACCGGCAAAAGCCUCACCCAAGAAAUCUGAAUUGGGAGCCGCAGAGCGGCGAAGCAUUGGAGACAGAAUAGAUGAUUGGGAGGCAGUUAGGGCAGGCACAAGCGCCAGCCCCCCAAUCAGGAAACCUGCAACGCAAACUGUGAAAACGCCUCCUCAAUAUCCAACAGGCCUGAACCCCCAACGGCUUAUUAAAAGUAGAACCAUAGAGGCCAGGGAGUGUGUCGCGCGGGCGAAGCUCCAUUUGAACAAAGCUGGCAAUCUUAAGCGAGAGAUUAAAGAGGAGGUGUUGUCAGCCCUUACUAGACUCCUCUCCCUAAUCAAGAACAUAGAGACUGAAAUGAAAAGCUUGUCAACGGAGAACGGAGAGAAGCUUAACACACCCCUUCAGCAUGUGCUGGACACGGCAAGUAUUCCCGAAGUAGCUCUUCAGGGUUCCCACAUCGAGGAGCACGCAAAGCUCCUCCGUGAAAACAACAUCAUGAUGGCCGACCUGAAAGAGCAAAUGACCAAGCAAAAGGAACUGCUCGAAAGAGUGACUACGACCACAUACGCGAGCAUAACCGCUAGCACACCAGUCCAGAGUGGGGGAACACCCAGGUUCGGAGAGACUCUUCACUCAGUGGUAGUUACAUCAACCGACAAUCAGGACACGGGCGAAGAGGUGCUCGGUAAAAUUAGGGAAGCCGUUGAUGCCAAGGAGGGAUGGGUUGAGGUGCGUAGGGUGAGGAAGGCCAAGGACAGAAAGGUUAUUAUAGGGUUGAGUACCGAGGCUGAGAGGGAAAAGCUGAAGACCAAACUGAGCGAAGUGAAAGAACACCUCAUAGUAGAAGACAUUAAAAAUCGAGACCCACUUUUGGUUCUUCGGGGAGUGCUCAGUGUCCAUAAGGACCAAGAUAUACUGAAGGCUUUGAAGAACCAAAACAAAGAUCUUUUCGCUGGAAUAGAUAAAAAGGAGGACCGGAUGGAGUUUCGGUACAGGAAAAGGGCGAGGAAUCCACAUACAUGUCACGCAGUGAUUAGCGUCUCACCGGUAAUUUGGCAAAGGGCAACCGCCAAGAAGACAGUCCAAAUCGACCUACAGCCAGUGAGAAUAGAAGACCAGACUCCGCUGGUGCAGUGCACGCGCUGUUUGGGUUACGGCCAUAGUAAACGAUACUGCACUGGCGCGGCAGAUCUCUGUAGCCACUGCGGUGGACCCCACCUUAAAUCCGAAUGCUCCGAAUUCCUUACCGGAACUCCGCCGAAAUGUAAAAAUUGCGAAAAGGCGGGAAUGGCAAACUCAGAGCACAAUGUCUUCGACCAAACCUGCCCAAUAAGAAAAAGAUGGGAUGCUUUGGCCCGCUCAACGGUUGCGUAUUGCUGAGGGCACUCAAAGAGUUAACGUUCCCCACUGGGUUGCGCAAGCAAAUCUACAACGCAAAAAUCUAGCGACCCAGGAACUACUUGUCGAAGCCCAAAGUCGUCGCAUAGCCGUGGCUUUGGUCCAAGAACCAUACGUUGGCGGCUCGAGAAGGAUGAAGAGUUAUGUGGGAGCGCGAGUCUUUCAGGCCUCGGAAGGAAAUGAAGGGAUCACCAAGGCAGCAAUAGUUGUGUUCAACCCAGACCUGAAUGUAAUUCAGCAUCCUGGGCUGACCACGACUAACAUUGCAGUAGCCGAAGUCCAAACUGAGGCGUGGAGGGUCGCGUUGAUCUCAUACUACUUCGAGCCUAACCAACCGAUCGAGCCCUACUUGGACCAACUGAAGCAAAUAGUAGGAACGCUUAAAACAGACCUUAUCCUGGGAGGCGACGCCAACGCAAAGAGCAACUGGUGGGGCAGCACAACCACGGACAGCAGAGGUGAGGACUUCGUCGGGGCCCUGCAUGAACUUGACCUGCACGUUCUCAACAGUGGCGUUCUUCCAACUUUCGAUACCAUAAGGGGAAACAUUCGCUACACAAGCCAUGUAGACGUGACGGCCUGUAUUUAUAAAAUGUUAAGAUCAGAAAAGGAAAGAGUGUUAAUGCUCACAAGCACUAACCGUAGCAACGUUUUAGGAAGGCUAUCGGUGGAUUCAGAUGUGCAUGAAGAUGUUCAGGGUUCAGGCAUACCGACUCCUUUACAAUUUGAUGCAUUUAUACCUUGGGUUUGCGCACAAUGGUGUGCCUCAAAUAAUGUUCUCGUGACCAAAAUGAAUCAAGAGGACUACGUUAGACAAGACAUACGAAAAUCUCGGAUUUUUCGUAGAGGGAGACACAAGAGCGCAGCUCCACUAGUAGGCGAUCAUCAUGGCUCUUCCGGAUCAGACAAAGUAUUCGAGUACGGAAUGCAUGACAGAGUUGUUCAUAUGAAAACAGUAUAUAACAAUAAGCGAAAACUUGUCGAAGUAAGCAUAUCUGGAUGCCCCUUCAAAAUCUCGAGAAAAAUUAUUCACGCGUUUAGCCUCUGCAUCUCAUUUCAUUCUGCUUGGAACCGACUCACUUUUCGUAGGGGUGGUCUCUCCGACGAGAUCAUCUACGAAAUAUCCAAAUUACUCCCCCAUUCGCAUAUAACAGAACUUUGUUUUGACGAUUCAAGCGUUUGUCAGGGAAACUAUUAUAUUUUACUUGAAAUUGAGGCGCAGGUAAAAUAUUUGUCUCUAAAUAGAUGCAAAAUAAACGACGCAGUUUGUGCUAAAAUUAUCUCCUGUAUCGAUUACGGAUGUCCGUCUUCAGAAAGCCUUAGAAUUUUAGAAUUAGCGUCGAACGAUAUAACCGAUGUUGGGGCUAAGCGUAUUGGAACUAUGUUGAGGAAGAAUCGAACUUUGUUGCAUCUCAAUUUAUCAGGAAACAAAAUCACCGAUAAGGGCUUCGAAGCCAUCAUCGGCUCUUUAAAACAAUUUGCUUUGACCACCCAGGAGCAAAUCGAUAUGAAAAGUAGAAAGAUACGAUACAUGCAGAACAGAGCGAUAGUGUACAACAGGUGCUUAGAAGAGCUGAAACAAGGUAAAAGUGAAGAUGGCGAAAGUACAAUAGGAAAGAAGAAUAUAUUUAGUGUGAAGCGUAUGCGAAGGAAAUCAAAACGAAUUCUGGACGAAAAUUUGACGGCACAAGCGGAAAUUAUGACCACAGCCAUAGUGGGAGAUUUCAAGGAUCCCUAUUGUGGCGAUAAUGUUAUCAAUCAGGAUGGUUACAUAUAUUCGAAGGGUAACCUUAUUUUUUCUUCUUUGAACAUCGCAUAUAAUGAUUUGGAGUAUCAGUCAAUCCUUAAAAUUCGGGACGUGGUAACAUAUCAGGCGGAGGUUGAAAAAGUUUUGCCUGAAACUGGUCUGAUCCGGAUUACGUUGGAUGGGAACUGGAUGCCCCCGAAGUGCGAGGAGCUUGAUGUAAUCGACGCGUGUUUGAAGAAAGUUAUUUCUGAUUUGACGCCUACGCCUCGAAAGACUCGAACAUCAUCGCUGAUAAGAAAAUUGAUGUCGAAAACACACACUCAGUGAUUAUGAAAAGGUAAUGUAUAAGAAGAAGGCUGUUUGAGUUUUUUUAUACUCCGAUUUAGUAAGUUCGUUCAUUCAGAAGGAAUGAAGAAACUUUAUUUUCUAAGACCAAAGAAAUGACGUGGUUCUCAAAGCCUUACGAUUAAGUACUGUUUCAUAAGUUUUGUUUGGUUGUAUACUGUAUUUAGUACACCAGGUAUUUAGUUAUUAAAUAUAUUUAAACUUUGCAGGUACAGUCAGGUAAUCAGUUCAUUUAUUCACUUUAGAUCUUUUAAGUAUCAGAAAUACGUUUUAAGUUUACGUUUAAUUUAGUUUAGCAUAAUUGUUUGAAUUAUUGUGUACCUAAUACUAAUAAAGUGUAUGUACAAUAUGAA